AUGGCUCGCUCAUACAGUCAACCCGCACACUACCGCUCCUCCCGCUACACGGACCUGCAGCAGCGCUGCUACGAGUUCGAGCAGUUGCGACAGACGCAGCCUUUGAUGAAGAAGGUCUUGCCGUACGACGCGUCGUGCGAGGACAUCACGGUGAACACGGACUUGUCGUUCCUCAAUGCCUUCGUAAACAAGAAGCUCGACGAGGGCGCGAAGCCCUACGAGGACCUGGCGGACCGCCUUGCCCGGAAGUCGGAGAUGGGCGGGGGCAAGGCUCGCCCUCCGAGCUGCCCCACGGCCGCGGCGCGCGCGGUAGGCAACCUGGCGGGCAGUGCACGUGUUGCAUUCGCAUCCAGCCCCAGUCUCUGGGGUAUCCAGGCCAUCGCAGUGUUGUGA